UUUGGGAUCCCUAACUCAUUGCAUUCUUGAGCUUCAAUUAACGCGGUUGUGUGAAGGCGCUAUCCGUUUUUUCCGUUUCUGAAAGUAGAGAAACUAAGAAUCCAUAGUCGUUUAAAAUGAAAUUUUAAGGUAAAAAUAUCAAAAUAAAAGUAAAUAUCAGACUGGUGAAAGAAAAAAACCUAGGAAAAAGUUGAAUGUGCAGAAAAAUUGCCGCUAAAUUGUGUAAGCAAGAAAAAACAGCUGAAAAAUAUCUACUAUAUAAGCAAAUAAAAAAGUUGAUAUGUGUGUGUAUAUACGGCGAAAAGCCAGCUGUUAAUAAGUACAAAAGGGAACGGCACGAAACGACAGCGUCGACGGCUGGACGGCGAAUUCAACACCUAAAACAAAGAGAAAAAUUUUGUAGUGAGAGCGUCACCUUUUUCAAAGUGUGUGCGUGUGUUGAUGUGUGUAUGGAAGAGAUGUAAAAACAAAGCGACGGGUAAAACGUCAUCUUGGAUUUCAAUUAACGUUCUUUGCUUUACAUUUGCAGCAAGAGUUUAUCAUAGAAAACGUUGAUUGCAGUGUGUGAAGAAAAAAUAAAGAAAAGAAAAAGCUAAAAUCAAAACAAAGCACCAUUUAAAAAUUGUGAAAGAAUUGUAUGAAAAAAUCAAGUAUAAUGCUAAAUACAUAUGUAUACACCCAGAAAAAAAGAGUGAAGAAAUAAAACCUAAUCUGAAAAUAAAGCUGAAAGUAAAAGCACGUGGUUUGUGCUGCUAUACAAAUAAAAUUAAGAGCAACUUCUAUUUAAUUAUUAUCGGUACAAGAAAAACAUGUCUUCAAACGUUCCAAUAAAAACAGAGGAAGUGAUAUUGGAAAAUGUUGAAUAUCAAAGCACAGAAGAACUGGAUGAGGAAUUGCAAUUACAAUUGGAGGACUCGGGAGGAGAGUCAUAUUUAAUACAAGGAGAACAAUCAUAUGAACAGAGUGUAUCACCUUCAUCGAAAUCACGUCAACGUCACAACAGCGGCAACAUGUCAUCCCAAGGCGGAACAAAAUUGGCAUGUGGUACAUUGCCUCCACCCCCAUCUGUCAAUAAGACUACAUUAGAAAACGAGAAACGAAUGCGUCGUGAAAUUGCCAAUAGUAAUGAACGGAGGCGUAUGCAAAGCAUUAACGCCGGUUUUCAGAAUUUACGUUCGUUAUUACCACGACACGAGGGAGAAAAAUUGAGUAAGGCGGCUAUAUUACAACAAACUUCACAGUACAUUUGCGAUUUGGAAACUCAGAAGACUCAACUAUUGGCACAAAACAGUCAACUGAAGCGACAGUUGGGACAGCAUGAGGCUUCAGGUGGUGGCGGUAGCAGUGCAAACAACGGCGAUAAUACAAGUGCAGAAAAUAACUCGGCAAUUGCCAUUAAAAAGCGCAAAUUAACCGAUAAUGUUGCAAAUGUACAAACAAUAAGUGAUUCAUCCGACGAAGGCCUUGGAUCAAUGUCACCCGAGCCGAUGACCCUUUUAAAUGCCGGUGGUGGUGGCAGUGCCGCCGUAGCAGCUGCCGCCAAUGCUGCUGCCAAUGCCGCCAAUACAAAAGCUCAAAUCCUACUAGCACAGAAUAUCAAGGAAUUGGGUGAUUUGAAGGAUCAACUGUUUAAAGAAAGACGUCUGCGUACUAUGCUUGAAGAGGAAUUGCAAAUGAUUAAACGACAGUUGUAUUCGGUAGCGACAGCGCCGCAACCUUCGGCCGUUGUUGAUGCAGAUGAGACAGACGGAACCGCCACCUACAUUCCCCGUGAGGUAAUAGAACACACGGGAAAUUUACUACGAGGAGAGGAUGAUUGUGGUGAAUUUUCGUAUGUUGAAAUUGAUGAACUAACAGGACAACAACAGGUUGUCGUCUGCUCCAGCAUUGAAGAGUUGGAUAGCGAAAGUGCUGCCGCUGAAAUCAUAACUGAAGAUCAUGUACAUGAAGAGGUUGUUUUGUCAUCUUCAUCUACCGAAUCUGAACAAGAGGUUGCUGUCAAUGCCAUAGCCAAAGCUUAUGCUGAAGGUAAUUCCCCUACCCCCGCCAUGCUGCAGCCCAUACUGCAAGCAGCCAUAAAGGCGACUCCAAAAGUGGAGGUGGAACGUAUAACAGAUGCAGCAUUAAAAAAGGUUAAGACCGAAAAAAUUGAACAGACCAGUGGUCUAACGCGUUCACGGCAAAAUCUGGAAACCAUUGUGGAGGCAAUACGUCAUCUGGAGGGUGAUCAUCUAUUUACAGAUAGUAAUGGGGAGCAACAUAAAGUGCUGGUGCAGACACAAGCAGUGCGUACAGCUGGCGGUCAAGAUGUUCCUUUGGCACUGACUACCAAACAGCAUGUGGUGGCCCAACGUAAAACUUUGGCCGAAUUGCGACCAUUCCUGCAGUUAAAAGGUGGCAGUAAGAUAUUAACAAUUGGUGGCGGUGGUGGAACUGCCUUGACUCUAACAAAAACUGUUGCCAGUAAAUCGGCCAUUGCUGCCUCAACGGCGGCCGGUAGCAGUAGUAGUUCAGGGUCUUCGUCGAUAGUGUCACAGAAUAUUACGCCCACAGCAAUAUUCAAAGUUCAGACAAAUUCAUCAAAUGCCGCGGGCGGCACCACAACCAUAACACAUGGCACAACAUCCAGUUCGGGAACGACAGGAGCUAUAACAACAACAGCGUUAAAACAAUGUCGUCCUGGUGUUAUUGUAGCUAAGAAACUGUCUUGA